AAAACUCAAGGCACACUCCAGAGCUCGCUGCAGCCUCUCCGGUGUUGAAUGGAAACAGCCUGAAGCAAUUAGCCCACUAAGACCCACUCAUUAGGAGGUCAGUUCAUAAGCAUACUUUGAGGACUGCUCAGAGAGAAAAGGCUUUGCUGAUGAUCACGGGAAUCCUGGAAACACUCUAUUUUGGGAUUUUUAGGUCUAGUGACUGGAGAGGAACACUCAUGUGUGUUUGUUCAGAGUGCAUUUGUUGGUCUUCUACACUGACAUAAAAGCUACUUCUGUUAUCAGAGACAAUAACUUUUUUCCAUCUAUUUGCUGUUUUUGGAGACUUCAACCAGUUUAACCUGCCAGGCAAUGGCUUAUUUACUAGUUGUACUAGUGCUGAUGCUAGUUUCAGGAUCUGAGUCCUUUCAUUUGGAGCACCUCAGCCGUUUUGACUGGCAGAAGAGCAUUCGACCAGGAGAGGGAUGCCCUAAAAAGUGCCACCCUGAGCGGUGCCCAGAUGUUAGGCAGCUGCAGGGCUGUCCAUCCGGGCUGGUUCGUGACCAGUGCGGGUGUUGCUGGGAAUGUGGAAACGAUGAGGGGCAGCUGUGUGACCCGGAGCCCCGAUCUGGGUCUACUUUCUUCGGGCGCUGUGCUGAAGGGCUGCGCUGCAGAGCUCCACGCAGAAACCCCACAGGUGAACCCAGAGCCACCUGCGUGUGCAGCAAGCAGGAAGCACUCUGUGGUUCUGAUGGAAAGACGUAUAAAAAUAUAUGUCAGUUUCGGGCGGGCCAACACAAGCAAGGCAAAGGGCAGAUGCUGACAAUGGUGCACCACGGACCCUGCAAGACAAAACCGGUUAUCACUUAUGCUCCCCAUGACAUCGUCACAACCAAAGGAAGUGAUGUCAUCUUUUCCUGUGAGGUGUCAUCGUAUCCAAUGGCCUCCAUCCAGUGGAGUAAAGAAGAGGACGUUAUUUCUUUUCCUGCUGAUGAUUCAAGCAUGGCUGUACAGGCCCGUGGAGGUCCGCGGCGGUUUGAAUUGACUGGCUGGCUCCAGAUUCAAGGAGUCGGGCCGAACGAUGCAGGUGUGUACACAUGCACCGCCAGGAAUGCCUUCGGAGAGGUGUCUGCCUCUGCCAGAUUACAGGUUACACAUGGAGGUUCUCAGCUGAGCAAAGAAUUCCGACAAAAAGAAAACCGAGCUUACAGAAUAUCAGGCGAAGAAGGGAAUGUCGAUGAUGAAGAUUACGAAGGCCAGCCAAGUGGAUAUAUGUAUUUGUAACAAACAGAGAUUGUAAAAUCAUAGCAUUUAAACACAGAUUUUUUUUUUAUUAAGUUUGAAAUGUAA